UUCAAAAAUCUAAAUAUCUUGUCAUUCAAAGACAAACGUUUAAUUCAGCAUAGCGUUUCCUAACUUAAAUAGUUACCUUUCGACUUAUAUAAAAUAACUGUUUAUUUUGUCUGUCUAGUUUUUCUCAACUUGUUUUAGCCUGUGGUUUAGUGUCUAUUUAUCAUUGAAACUUGAGUUGUCUUGUGUCAGGCAGCAGGUCGUGUCUUCUGUCAUACAGAAGUCAAGUGUCUGUGAGUUUUCGAGUUUCUAAAUUAUGAGUGGACAAAAAUUAAAAAUGAGAUAAAAUUUCUAACUAAAACUUACACGAUAGUCUGAAAUAGUUUCUAAACUAUAAGUGCACUGAUUUUACCAUUUAAUUUUGGUUUAAGUGUCUUUUAAAUAAAUUUAUUUAUCAAUUAGAAAGGAAAUUUAACAACAAUUAAAAUGAAUUACGAGGAGAAUAAAAUUAUGGCUCACCGGCAGCAUGUGAAAUAUUUUAUGAGAUUUUUAAAUAUUUUGCCAUCGUCGUUGUCAUCUCAUGAUACUACCAGAGUAACUAUAGCAUAUUUUUCUGUAUCUGGGCUUGAUGUUCUGGGUGCUAUAUCAUCGGUUUCAAUAGACUUGAGGUCUAGAAUUAUAGAAUGGAUAUACAGACUGCAAGUGAAUCCCGAUAAAAGUAGUGGAGACAUGUCGAUGUGUGGCUUCCAAGGUUCCUCAACAAUUAAUAUAGAGUUGGACCCGCCGAACAAUCACUUCAGGUGCGGACAUCUCGCGAUGACGUAUACUGGACUUUGUAUACUACUGUCACUUGGUGACGACCUCUCCAGAGUCAAUAGGAAAGCAUUGGUUGAAGGUGUAAAAGCACUGCAAACUGAAGAAGGUAACUUCGCGGCGACGCUCUCCGGCUGCGAGUCGGACAUGCGGUUCGUUUACUGCGCCGCCUGCAUCAGCUACAUGCUCAACGACUGGUCCGGGUUCAAUAUCGAGAGUGCUACUAAUUACAUUAUUAAAUCCAUAGGUUACGACUACGGUAUUGCUCAAUGUCCUGAACUGGAGUCCCACGGCGGAACGACCUUCUGUGCCCUCGCCACCCUGAGCCUCACGAACCAACUAGACAAGUUAUCAGAACAACAAGUCGAAGGUCUGAAGCGGUGGCUCCUCUUCAGACAAGUGGACGGCUUCCAAGGCCGACCCAACAAGCCCGUCGACACCUGCUACAGCUUCUGGGUAGGAGCAUCCCUCAAAAUACUAGAUGCCUUACAGUACUCCAACUACGGCAGCAAUCGACGAUACGUCUACGAAACACAGGAUAGCGUGGUAGGAGGAUUCUCCAAAUGGCCCGACACAUGCACAGACCCAAUGCACACGUACCUAGGCCUUGCAGGACUCAGCCUCAUAGGCGAAAGCGGAUUACUAGAAAUAGAACCAACUUUAAAUAUAACUAAACGGGCUUAUGAACAUCUGAAAUCGUUGCACGAAAAGUGGGCGAGCGAGUCAUAGCUCCGUUUAUCCAAUACCUCUUUUGAUACGGAACGGCGCAGGGAACGUAUUUUCUAAUUGUGAAUGACGCAAAGCAAAAUUAUUUACUUUAGCGUGUACUUGAGAAUGUAUGUUUGUUCUGGAUGACGCGCCGUAUGUUGUUUUGAUAGCCCAGUGGAUAAAGUUAGAGAAAAAAUGCGCAUAAAUCAAGGACCAAGUUAUAUCCCUUAGAGAGAGCAGAAUCGAACAAAUUUUUAAUAUUAAACGCGUAUCUGUGUGUUGCGCUUCUUGCCUCAUUAUACACAUUUAUAAUUAGAAAAUAUCUUCCAAAAUCACGUUUAACCUAAGAUUUCUAUGAAUUUUAAGUUACCGACCGAAAUUAUCGUAAUCUAAGUCUAAACCUUAUGCUGAAGUAUUAUUACUGGCGCAUAAUUCUUUUGUAUAAUAUUGAAUUUGUUAGUACUUAAAAUAAUUAUGAAUACAUAGGUGCUAAUAUUUGUUUAGGUAUCGGGUACCUAAUGUCAUUGAGACAACGAGUAAAUAUUUAGCGUUAUAGUACAAUAUGAGAGUAUCUCGCAACGUGCCAUGUGCAGUUGAGUAGUUAGGCGUUUAUCAAAUUAUUGCACAAAACGUAAUUAUAAGCUGUUUUUAUUAAAUAUGUCUAGGAACGCAGUUGCACUAUUGAGAACUCUUAGCACUAUGAUGUAAAGCAAAUAGUUGGUUGUGUUUUAUGCGUCGAAAUAUUUAUAGAGCUCAAUUUGGAACUAUUCUCUGUUUAUUAAAAUCUUAAUUAUGAUGAAGAUUGUGCCAAAAGAUGUAAAGAACGAAAAGUUGUAAAAUGAAGGGUAGUUUUAUAUUAUAAAAAUCUUUGUAAUAGACGGGGCUUAAGGUUAAAAUAAUAUCAGGGUUUGACCCCAAACUUAAUUUUUUAUUACUUUCAGUAUUAUGUCCGCUGAAACAUUCAUGUAGAAAAGAAGCCUUUAUUGCAAUAUACCUCUCCCUUUCCAAGCAAAUAGAUUUAGAUUUUUUCUUUGAUAGUCUAACAAACUCAGCAUAGUUCGCGUAGUUUCGUAAUAAUAUUACAUGUAAAUAUGGAUUCCUGGGUAGGUUAACCCAUUGUUUUAAUACAGGAUUGCGUGACCCGAUCUAAAUCCUUACCAAAAUAAUGGUGCUUAAGCUAUAGUGUGACUGCGUUCUAAUUUGCCUACGGUCAUCAAUUAGUAACGACCAAUAUUGUAUUCGAAUUUACUUGUGAUCAUUAUUUUACUAAAAAGCAGUUUGAAGAUCUUUGUUUCGAAUGUGAAAAUGUAUUCUUUAGUUGUCUUUUCUAGACCAAUUGAGGGCCAUUAAAUAAAUGGGCGGGGCUAAAGUUUUUAGUCUAUGCUUGAUUUAUGAAAAGGAAGGUUUUUUAGAUAAAAACAGCGCGUGAGUGGUUUAUUAAUAAUUUAUAUUUAAAUGUCAAAAUGAGCACAAAACUUGGUUGGUGAACUUUCAAAAAAAAUUAAAUGUAUAUAAUUUCAUUUCAUUGAUUUACCAACUACUUAACAUAAUUUUCUUGUAUAUCAAAUCAUUAGUAUUUUUUUCUUCGCAUGUAUGUAAAGUAUUUUUGAGAAGUUCUACUUAGCGCGUAUUAAAUUCAUAGUUAAUGCAGUUUUAUUUUAUUUGUUUGGGACAGCUCUACAAAUGGGAAGCCCAUUUGUUUGGUUCAAACCAGUGUAAGAAAAUGCCGUGCUUAUGCGACUAUAGCCGUCGUGGAAGUGAGACAACGUUACGCAUAGUGUGUUGUCUCUCUUUCACAUCGCACCAGUCCUCUUUUUAAUUAAAAAAAAAAUCUAAUAGAACGAGAUACUGUUCAAGUUAAAAUUUUAUAUGAAGUUUCUAUAAAGCGUUUAUGAUAUGUUGCAUCUAUUUGUAUGUUACGCUGUAGGUUAUAAAAUUCUAGUAAUAUAGAUUUUACACAUAAAGUAGUCAUUAUCAUUAAGUUAUCUGCAUUUUUGUGGUCUGGUGCAUUUAUUUUUCAUGAUUUUUAUAUAUCAGUAAGGUGUCUAUUUCAAAUUUUUGGCUUUGCAAAUCGCUGACGUAGGUUCAGAAAUCUAAAUUUAGAGAAAAACUGUUAUUAAAAUGAGGUAAAACGCUGUCAGCAUGUUAUGUAGGUACCAAACUUUUUUACUGCAACCUUACAAUUUUUAUUUAUCAUGUAUUUUUAUAUAGCUUUGCUAUUUUUGAGGUAUAGGAAUACAUACAUUUUUGUAUUAUAUAAGUGGCGCUUUUGUUUUUUUUACUAUUGUACAUUUACAAUAAAGUGUUUUACAAUACAAUA